AUGGAUCCAUUCGAAGCAGCAAGUCAACUCAGUCAGACACUUCGCAGUCUAAACCCUCAGAUCGCCCAAAUUACCAAAGCUGCUCAUUUCGCCCUUCGUAAUUCUAUCCACGAAGACUACCUCUUCCCGCUGAUCAUGGAUAUUUUCAAAGACCCUGAGGUUGAGCUAAAUCAAAAAAACAUUGUCUUCCAAUUUAUCGAGGUUUUGGUAAAUGAAUCAUGUACCUAUUCGGCUCAAGGCAAAUACGCUUAUCCUUUUGUUGAUGCCGUUCGGACACACCUUCCCAACAUAGUGGCAUUAGUUGUGCCCCACAAUGCAAACACCAACUUAUACAAUGUAUUUUCAGUCCUUGAGUCAUUGGCAUCAUUGUUCAAAAGUGACUGUCUGAAAUAUGUCAAAAUGUUUAAUAGCAAUUUGCUCGAAGAUAGCGAUUUUGAGAGUAUUGGGAAUGACAUUCCAUAUCCUGAAGUUGAACUUGAUGAACUCGGUGAUCAUGACCUGAUGGAGACGGCAUGGAAAUUUUUGAUACAGAAAAAGAAGCAAAGCCAAUAUGAGUGGCAACGACAGCUCAAAAAUGGCACAUCGUGUGAGAAUAUUAUCGAUGAAGACGAAAUGUUCGAUUUGAAAUCGAAAACUGAUACCAAUAAUAAGAUGGGUCUUCUGAAGAAGCAAGUGUUAAAUCGAAUGGAGGAUGAUCGUGAAAGUCAUAAACGUCUGAAGGAAUUAUUAUGGCAUGUGGAUCGGCCAAAGGAGAUAAGUUACUUGCUGGAAGACGAAUUCUUUGGGUAUUACUAUUCGAAAAUUCAUAAACUUGAAGACGUGCAAUUUGAAAUUCUACUAAACAAUUUAAAGGACUGCAACGAGACCGCUACUAGAAGUUUCAAGGACAAGCAAGUGAUUCAAGAAGACGCCGCACAAUGA